AUGGCUUCCUGCUCCCAGCUCCUCAUCGUGGCCCUUCUGGGUCUAGCUGCCGUCAGUGCCACUCCGGUGGUGCAGCAGUCCGGUGCCGCUCAGUUCUCCUCGUCGAUGACCCGCUUCUUGCAGGCCUUCAAAAGCAUCAUGCCCUGCGGCUAUGGCAACAUUCCCCCAUUGGCCCCACUGAGCACUCCCUUCUACGAGUUCCAGUACGUCACCGACGAUCUCCAGAUCGUGGGCAACGCCACCAACAUGCGCAUCGAGGGUUUGGACAGCUUCCAGGUGCUGAGUGCCAGCGACUAUGGUAAGACCGGUGUGGCCUCCUACGACCUGAUCUUCCCCAAGAUCCAGAUGCUGGGCUUCGCUGAGGUCGAUGGCUUCAUCAACAUCGGAGGCUUCAAGAUGCCCAUCCGCCGCAACGACGUGAUCAACGAGGCCCUCUUCGACCUGCGCUUCGUGGGCAGCUACAGCUUCGCCAGCAGCCUGACCAACUCCUCCGGACUCCGCAUGGUGGACUUCCAGCAGACUGUAUUCCUGGCCGGCGUGGAGCUGGACAACUGGAACGCUCUGUGGGACAUCUCGACCAACAACUUCUGGAACCAGUGGACCAAGAUCGUGGUGCCAUUCGCCCUCGAGCAGAUCCAGCCCAAGAUCAGCGACUUCCUCUACCAGAACUUCUUCGUCCCGAAGAUCAACGACAUGCUGUCCAACGUGAGCAUGGAGGAGUUGGUGAACUUCUACGAGACUCAGGCCCAGAUCUGGGAGAAUGCCAAUUGCCAGGCUUAG